UCGGGCCGCAGGAAGCAAACCGAGAGUUAGAGUUUUUAAUGUCCGCCAUGUUGGCCAUGGCGUGCUGAACCAGGGAGACAGAGCGGGUCCACGGAAAAAAAGAGACCGAGAGAGAGCGACCAAGAUCCGGGCCUUUCCGGCUCCGUUCUUCUCACUGGACGCAUAUUUUGAAAUCGGGUCAAUCAGCUGACUUCGAAGAACGUAACAGAUUCAUCAAUGAGAACGUUACAUAUUUCGUCUGUGAAUUUAAGGGGACCUUUUAGAUUUAUGCUAAAUCUUUCGAUAUAAAAAUGAGUAAAUUGUCGUUUCGGGCACGGGCGCUGGACGCUACCAAGCCCCUACCCGUCUUCCGCUGCGAGGAUUUACCAGACCUGCACGAAUAUGCCUCUAUUAAUCGGGCAGUACCACAGAUGCCAACGGGGAUGGAGAAGGAAGAAGAAUCGGAGCACCAUCUCCAGCGGGCUAUCUCAGCACAGCAGGUGUACGGUGAGAAGAGGGACAACAUGGUGAUCCCAGUGCCCGAAGCUGAGAGCAACAUCCCCUACUAUGAAUCCCUCUACCCAGGAGAAUUCAAGAUGCCAAAGCAGCUUAUUCACAUCCAGCCUUUCAGUGUGGAUCCGGAGCAGCCAGACUAUGACCUGGACACUGAGGAUGAAGCGUUUGUGAACAGGCUGCAGAAGCGGCUGGAGGUGGGGGCACUGCAAUUUGAGCAGAUGAUGGACCGGCUGGAGAAAGGCAGUGGCCAGCAGCUGGUGACACUGCAAGAAGCAAAGCUCUUGUUGAAGGAAGAUGAUGAAUUGAUCAGGGAGGUGUUUGAGUACUGGAGCAAGAGGAGGAAGUUGUGUAAAGGUGGAUCACUUGCACCUGUAGUCAAACAAGAGAAGCGUGACGGCUCCAGCACUGGUGAUCCCUAUGUGGCGUUUAGGCGCAGGACUGAGAAAAUGCAGACAAGGAAGAACCGUAAGAAUGACGAAGCAUCGUAUGAGAAGAUGCUGAAACUGAGGAGAGAUCUGAGCAGGGCCGUCACCAUCCUGGAGAUGAUUAAGAAACGUGAGAAGAGCAAAAGAGAGCUCCUACACCUCACACUGGAGAUAGUGGAGAAGAGGAAUGGCCUGCCCGACUUUGGUGCUGAUAUUAUGGCAGAGGCACUGGCCAUGGCCAAGCCCAUAUACAAGAUUCCCAUCAUUCCCCUGGCUAGCAGCAGCCAGUAUCGGCAUGCAGACCACAUCGAGCUCAAGGACUACAAGAUUAAGCCUGAGAAGACAGACAUGGUCCGCACUAAAAGGAAAUAUGAGAAAAAGCCCAAGAUCCAGCCCUUUGCCAUGCCCCAGCAGUCUGGCCCCUCCCUCUUCAACCCCAAAGACCUCAACCAGUAUGACUUUCCAAGCUCUGAUGAGGAUCCUUUCUCACAGAUGCAUUCUGGGUCAUCAGAGGCUGAGGAGGAGAAUGACCCUGAUGGAGCGUUUGCCUUCAGGAGGAAAGCAGGCUGUGUUUACCAUGCGGCUCGUCUGGAUCAGAGGGCUGGCUGGCCGUGGUCUAGUGAGGCUGAGGGCGGUUCAUGUGACCCCCGCUUCCGGUAUACCCUCACCAGCCUAACAUCACCGCGCCGCUGCCUCGGCCUGGCACGCCGACGCCUCGGCCGAGGGGGCAGAGUUCUCCUGGAUCGAGCCCACUCGGAUCUAGACGUCAUUUUCCACAGUCUGGACUCGGAUGCAGAGGACUCGUCUCCGGCUUCCCCUCUUAACCAAGAAGGCACCUCCCGUGGCAGUUGCUCUGCCCUGGCCUCCUCCUCUCCACCCCCUCCUUCGCCAGCCUCCUCCUCCAUGUUGCCGGACCUGAGGCAGAUCUUGCGCAACAUUAAGGCAUGCCGCUGGAGGCACUUUAAACCGCGGACUGCAGGCAGGGCCUUCCGGGGCUUCACCCGCACCACAGCAGGCGCAGCUGUUGGGGCUGGCGCUGGUGCUCCCAGCCGGACAGCAGCCGCAGCAGUCGCGUUCACAGCAGAACAGUACCAGGAGCAUCAGGAACAACUGGCUUUAAUGCAGAAACAGCAGCUGGAGCAGAUCCAACAGCAGGCCAAUGAAGCCUGCAACAAUACACAGUCUCUUGUGUCAAAAAUGUUGGAUUCAGCCAGCGCCCAGUUUGCAGCCUCUGCUCUCAUCACCUCUGAUCAGCUCUUGACCCUAAAGGUAAAAGAGGAUGGUGUUAUGGGAAGUGGAGUAAAUGGCAUCCUUCAGGCCUCAGGAGUUUAUAAGGGCUUACAGCUCUCCACUACAUCAGCUUCAAUCGUCGCAAACCCAUCACCAACAACAACCUCUGCAACACCUAGCUUACCGUCUGCUAACAGUAUCCACUCUACCACUGGCUCUGUCCACAAUUCACAGAACCCACUCAGUAACCACGGUAACAGUACUGCCAACACAGCCCCUCAGGUUCUGAUUGGGAACAGUUUGCGUCUGAGUGUGGCGACACCCCAGAUCGCCAGCCUCAGUGCUCGACACCUUCCCAGAAGUCUCGGCGGCAUGCCGCCCGCCUUAAAACUCGCAGCUGCCGCUAACAAUUGUCAACUCCCCAAAGUCACCACUGGGGACAAUCAUGAACAGGAAAAGCAGUCACUAAACAGUAUAGCGGAAAACACAUUAGCUAUGGAGGUGACGUAGUAACCGUUGCCUGGGCUUUCUCCCUGCCCAGUCCAAUCUUUUGGUGCUGUGCACCAAUUGCUUUUGGGAAUGCAAAGGGACAGUGGGUUUCCACAGCAACUGUCGGGUUUUGACAGCAAAUCUCAUCUCUGUUUUGUUUGGGGUUUUUUUUGUGUGUUUGUUUUUGGACAGUUUUGUUGUUUGUGGGUUUUGUUUUGUUUUUUUUUUGUUUUUUUAACCCCCUCUUUCCCCUUUUUAUAUAUUGUUACUGUUGAUAUGAAAAGAUUCAUGUGUAAAUUAUGAAUAUGGCAAAUAUUCAAUGUACAGUAACUGCAUAUUUGUAAAACAUCCCUCUACCCCCCCCUUGUAUAUAUGUUACUUGAAUACAGAUUUGUUUGUGAUGUUUUGCACUUGGGAAUUACAAAAAGGAAAAAAGAAAAAAGAGGAGGAGCAAAAGAAUGCAGAGAAACUUGGUGUGUGUUGGAUGGCGGAAGAGAGGAUUUAAGAAUCAUUGCAUUGUGCAUGGUGAGGAAACCUGCUGUUUUACCUAUUUAUUGUGCUGUGUUUACACUUUCUUUUCCAUGAACACUGUACCCUCAUUUUCCUGUGUUGUAGGUGUUUGGGUAGCUAUAGGUGUGUUUUUGUUUUUGUUUUUGUCAACAUGGUGAGCCAUGUCAGGUUCUUCAAUCUCUAGUUCCGCUGGUUCUCUUUGCAAGUCACAUGGAUGAUACAGCAACUUGUGUAUUAUUUUUUUUUUCCAAGGUGUUAAUUUUAGUUCCUUAGGGGGGAGGGGUUUGUUUGUUUUUUUGGCUCACUCAAAGGAUUUAGGAUCAUUGUUUGAGGCAAAGUGCAGGAAUCUUCCAUUUAAUGAAUCAUCCCAAUACAAAUGACAGACAAGUCAUGAAGUCUUCACUUGGAAGCAUCUAUAGCUUCCAUUUCAACUAAAGCACUGUUUGGGUUUUGUUUUUGUUUUUGUUGACUUCAGUAAUGAUUAUUGCUGCUUUUGUAUAAUUUCAGUUCCUUUUCAUACUAUGAAAUAGUUUUCCCCUCCCAUUGUAGUUUCUUUGUACAACAGAGACAAUUAUUUUUGUAUCUUUUUUUCAUUAGUUUUUUUUUGUUGUUGUUGUCCGUUCUUGUGGUGAAGCGACUUUGCGCUUCGCGUAAAAUGGAAGACUUCGUUCUUUGGUUGCUCGUCAGAACUUUUGGCUGUUGAGCGUGCCGUUGACUCCAUCGUUGCUGAGGCCGUAACACUUUUUUCAGCUGAACUUGCGGCAAGCGAAACUAGAGAAGGAGCAGCAGGAAGUGCCCUGCUCUAGUCUCCUCGACCUCCAUCUCCGAACACAUCAUCUGAAGGACUCCAUUUCAAGGCCUAAAACCACAAGUUAAAAGGUGUGCCUUCCUUUGGGAAUAUACUGCUUCGUCUCUUCCGUGAAGAGGAUCGCUCUCGGGCAAGGCCGCAGUGCUGUGGUCCUGAUUUGCCCAGAGCCCCGAUCUCAAAUGCCCAGUCAACUGGCUGAACUGAAACACCCUCCAGGGCUAGACUAGCCUGGUGGCAGAUUAAUUAAAAUAUUGAGAAUUUAAAAAUAAAAAAAAAUAUUAUUGGAAAAAAAGAGGGGAGGGGGAAAGAUAUGUGAUCAUUCACAGAAAUCUGACAAUAAAACCCAGGUUAUUAUAUGUGA